AUGAGGGCUGAAAUUCUUCCAUCGUCAGCAACCUGCAGCUGUGUAGUGGUAAUUUCCAUGUAUCGCUUAUUUGUGUUUGGGUUGCUGUUGCCAUUAUUGGUUUCAGCAGGUGGAUGCCUGGAUGACCAGAAAUCCGCUUUGUUGUCGCUGAAAAACGACCUCACGUACGAUGCUUUGGUGUCAACCAAGCUAGUCGGGUGGAACCAAUCAACAAGCGUCGAAUGCUGUGAUUGGGGCGGGGUGACAUGCGACGAAUCCGGGCACGUCACGCAACUCAAUCUUAACAAAGAAGGCAUACGCGGCCCGAUUCCUUCCUACUGGGAAGGUCUCAAAUAUCUCAAGUAUCUAAACUUGGGCUACAACUCCUUGGAUGGCAAUAUACCAAAGUCUUUGCUCAUGCCGGCGUCCUCCCUUGAGGAUUUAGACCUUUCAAACAACAGGUUAUCCGGUCAGAUCCAUGGCCUAAUGAUUAACGUGUCCUCUUCUCGGCUGCGCAAUCUUGAUCUGAGUAGCAACAGACUGGAAGGCCCACUGACGGAAUUCAUCUUGAAGCUUCCCGCAACCAUUUCGACCCUCACCCUUUCCGCAAAUAAAUUCACUGGCAGGGUGGAGCUAGACAUGAUGGUUGCAAAGUUUAAGGAGCUUUAUGCACUAGAUCUUUCACACAAUCAUCUUACUGUUCAUGCAAAAAAUAGCGUGAUGAUGAACACUAGUACUAAACUAAACUCUCUGAUGCUCGCUUCGUGCAAGAUGCGACAGAUUCCAGACGUCAGGAACCAGUCAACCCUGAAGAUGCUAGAUCUUUCGGAUAACGAGCUGCGCGGUGAGAUACCAAACUGGAUCUGGGAGGCCGGCAACGGGUACCUUCGAUUCCUGAAUCUGUCACACAACGGGUUUUCAAGUCUCCAAAAGCCUUACACUUUUCCUUUUCUGCUGGACGUCCUAGACCUGCAUUCCAAUAUGCUGCAAGGAGACAUCCCGGUUCCUCCCAGACGUGUUUAUAUCCUGGAUUACUCCAACAACAACUUCAAAUCCGCAAUCCCCGUGGGUUUUGGAAACGUCCUCCGGUCCACCUUGUACUUUUCCAUUUCCAACAGCCGGGUGGUGGGACUCAUCCCUCAGUCCAUCACACGCAACGCCACUUCCCUCCGUUUCCUUGACUUGUCUCGCAAUGCGUUGACGGGCCCGAUUGAUCCCGUCAUUGGAAGCAUGAAAGACUUGAGAUCCUUGGACCUCUCGCUCAACAUGUUAACCGGGAGCAUCCCCGAGCAGCUUGAAACUGGUCUCAAGUCGCUUUCCUUCCUAAACCUGUCGUAUAAUCAUCUAUCCGGAAGGAUCCCACAAGGUUCAAACUUUCAGAAAUUUACAAAAUUGUCUUUUGAGGGAAAUGAAGGGCUAUGUGGUCCUCCCUUAAACAAGACCUGCCCGCAUGCGCGCACAUAA